ACGUAUCUCGCAGCGUCUGGCUCUGAGUUGACUGGACGGAACAUGUGGGUUUGCGGAGCGCUCUGCAGGGCUCGAGCCCCGGCCCAGCUGGGGCAGAGGCUGCUCCCAGAGUCCCGCCGCCGACGGCCUGCCUCCGCCUCCUUCUCUGCCUCUGCCGAGCCUUCCCGGGUCCGGGCGCUGGUCUAUGGACACCACGGGGACCCAGCCAAGGUCGUCGAAGCGGUGUCCUUGACGACGCAGUUAGAACUGUCUGCAGGAACAGCAGUGUCUGGCAUUGAUGGCAUUCCGUGGAGCAGGCUGGGGCUGGUCUCCCCGGUGCGCGGCAGCUGGACCAACACAGCUCUCCCCCAACCCCCGCCUGCCCCUGGACUGAAGAACCUGGAGCUGGCUGCUGUGGGCGGAUCAGACGUCCAUGUGAAGAUGCUGGCGGCCCCUAUCAAUCCAUCUGACAUAAAUAUGAUCCAAGGAAACUACGGCCUCCUUCCCCAGCUGCCUGCUGUUGGAGGGAACGAAGGUGUUGGACAGGUCGUAGCCGUGGGCAGCAGUGUGACUGGGGUGAAGCCAGGAGACUGGGUGAUCCCAGCGAAUCCUGGUUUGGGAACCUGGCGGACCGAGGCUGUGUUCGGCGAGGAAGAGCUCAUCACAGUCCCAAGUGACAUCCCUCUUCAGUGCGCCGCCACCCUAGGCGUCAACCCCUGCACAGCCUACCGGAUGCUGGUGGACUUUGAGCGGCUGCAGCCAGGGGAUUCCAUCAUCCAGAAUGCAUCCAACAGUGGAGUGGGGCAAGCGGUCAUCCAGAUCGCGGCCGCCCUGGGCCUGAGGACCAUCAACGUGCUCCGGGACAGACCUGACCUCCAGAAGCUGACCGACAGACUGAAGAAUCUGGGGGCUGACCACGUUGUCACAGAAGAGGGACUGAGAAAGCCUGAGAUGAAAAGCUUUUUUAAGGACGUGCCCCAGCCACGGCUUGCUCUCAACUGUGUCGGCGGGAAAAGCUCCACAGAGCUGCUGCGGCAUUUGGCGCCUGGAGGAACCAUGGUGACCUAUGGGGGAAUGGCCAAGCAGCCUGUCAUCGCCUCCGCGAGCCAGCUUAUUUUUAAGGAUCUCAAACUUCGGGGCUUUUGGUUAUCCCAGUGGAAGAAGGACCACAGUCCAGACCAGUUCAAGGAGCUGAUCCUCACGCUCUGCGAUCUCAUCCGCCGAGGCCAACUCACGGCCCCCGCCUGCUCCGAGGUCCCGCUGCAGGACUACCUGUGUGCCCUAGAAGCGUCCACGCAGCCCUUCGUGUCUUCAAAGCAGAUUCUCACCAUGUGACGUGAUAACCCCAGAGCCAAGCAGGAGGGGAGAUGGAUCAGCAGGACUGGUUCGGGCCCUCCCCCCACCCCCCAGUUGGGCCUCCACCGUCCACAGGCUGCACCUCUCCCCACUGUCCCUUCUGACUCAGAGAAUUGGGGGGCCAGCCUCAAGGUAUUGAAUAAAGUCUGAACUUCCUAGGAGGAAAAAAAAACCACAAACCAACAGAAGUCCUCUCUGGAGAAGGACCAUCCCCAGGCACUCACCAUCUCCCAGCACGAAGAAGCCGCCCUCUGCCUGUGCCCCAGCAGCAUGGCCCUGUAAAGCCAUGCCUGGGCAGGACGGGCAGGGCACAAGAGCCAGUCAGACAGAUCUCUGCCCUCCAGCCGUGCCAGCCCACUGAGGAGAACCUUCUAAAAAGGAAGGUUUGACUCAUUCUCAGGUGGCCUGCAGUUCUGUCUGGGGCAGGGGGAAGGAUCAGCUCCAAAGAAGAGCAAAUGCCAGGCUGAGAAAUCAAGGAGAUGGGGUCUCUCUCAGUCGCUGGACCAUGCCCGGGGCACUUCCAUUCUAACUAGGGAGACAGGCACAUCAGUGAUUACACCUGAGGUCAUUUUACUCCCAAGGGACACUGGAUUGUCAUAAUUGAAGGGCUGCUGCUAGAGUCUUGUGAGUAGAGGCCAGCAUUGCCGGCAUCCUACAGAGCACAGCACAGUCUCCGUCAGCAAGGGCCCAUCAGCCCAAGUGUCCACAGUGCCACCGUGGAGAAACCCCGCAUCACACCACAGGUCCCACAGUGGUUGUCAUAGUGAUGCACGCGCUAAAGAAGACCCCGUGUGAGGUGCUGUGAGCACCUAACCAAGGUCCUGUCCUAGACCUUCAUCAGGGGGAGCUUGAGAGUGGGCCCUGGGCAAGGCAUUGCUUUAUUCAGACAGUGAAGAACUUGACACGACGUGACUUUUUGGUGUUUUGCUUCGUGAUCCACUCACCCAAAGCAAAGCACCAAGAGACUUGAGGGUGUCCCUUUCAUCACCCGGCGCUCUGUCCCUGAGCUCUAGAGCUUCACUGGGGUGGACUUACUGAGAGCCCACUGCGUGCCUGAGGCCAGGGCUGCCUAUGAGUGGCAUGGGACUGGCCCACAAGUAGCUUUAUCUACUCAUGAGGCCACUUUACGGAGGUGUUCAGAGGGCCGUGGGGACACAGCAGCUCUGCCUGAGGGUUUAAGGAAGGCCCCCCACCCCAGAAGAAGUAUGGUCACAGCCAGUCUCUAGGCCCAGCAGGAGGAGGUGUCCCAAGCAAAGCCAGCAGCACACAAGAGUCUGGAGGCCCAGGAGAGCCUGCCCGUUGCGGAACUGCCAAGGGGCGAGUAUAGCUGCCACCUUGUAUGUAGGGGUGUCGGAAGACUGAGUUGGGAGCCCUCCUUCACAGCAGGAAGGCUCAGGACUUGCCCUCAGGACACGGGGAGGAACUGGAGGGGUUAAAGCAGUGAAAUGGUGGGGAAACUGGCUCUGAAAGCUACGGGACACUCUGGUUUAGUUGCGCUCCAGCACGUACAUGGGCCCUGGCGUCAUCCUCCCGUCUUCGGGAGCAUAGUGUGUGUGUUCUGGAGAAAAGGACUCGGCUUCAGCCUGGGACUGCGAAAGGUCUGCAGGUGCCCUCUGGGUCAGAUUUGCCACCUUGUACACCUGGGCUCAGAAUCAGCCCCAGUUCACCCAAAUCUCUCCUGUCCUUGAGGUUAGUGGGACAGAUGAUUUGUGCAGCUGGUCAGUGUGGGCAAGUGCAGAAAGUCUGAGAGGGAGGGGGAGGCCACCCAAGGCUACGGGAGUGAAGGUUAGGAUGAGGUUCGUCAGGGGGACUCCACAAGCUUGGGCUUAGGGGCUCUGAUGAGCCUAAAGCCAUGGAGACGGAUCUGGCCCCUAGUAGAGACUCGGGGGCAGACAGGAGGGAGGAAGGUUCAUAACACCACAGCACAGUUAGAGACCUCGUGGGUGGGGGAAGGGUGUGCAGAGUCCCCUGAGAGUAGCACCUCUGGGGGUCUGGAGAUGAUUUGGGGCGGGGGGUGGAGGGGGCUACACCAUGUGACAUGUGGGAUCUUGGUUCCCCAACCAGGGAUCGAACCCAUACUCCUUGCAUUGGGAACAUGGAGUCUUAACCACUGGACCACUAGGGAAGUCCCUGGAGUUGACAUUUGCCCUGGGUUUAAAGGAUAUUUUCUCAGGCAGGGAAGGGAGACAAGCAUUACAGACCAAGGGACAGGUUUAAGUUAAGGCAGAACAUUUAUGUCAGAAUCUACUCCUUUACCCCCAAUGCCAUUCUACUUCUAAGAAUUAAGACUGAUGACUUUUAGGUGGGGACUGGGAGGCUGGAAUAAACAUUUUCCCCACCCCCUAGCAGCUGA